GUAGAGAGGGUGGAAGAACCCAGUGGGGCCGUGGACACUCUGCCUCUGUGACAAGGCUCCACUUGUUCCUGCCUGGGCCUGGCAUGGCUGCCGGUGACACCUGUGCUGGAGACACGCCCUCCAGGCGCAGGGCUGUGUGGCUGUCUCCUGCGCUGCUCCUCCUGCUUGUUCAAGGCUGUUUCUGUCUGAGCGGCCCCAGCACUGUGCGAGGCACCGAGGGGGGAUCCCUGAGUGUGCAGUGUCGCUACGCGGAAAAGCACAGAGCUCUGGCCAAAUUCUGGUGUAGUCUCCCGUGUUGGCCAGGGAAGGAGAUCGUGAGGACGAAACCGCCAGAGGUAGAAGCGCGGAGCGGCCGAGUGUCCAUCAGGGACCAUCCUGCAAACCUCACCUUCACCGUGACCUUGGAGAACCUCAGCAGUGAGGACGCGGGCACAUACCAGUGUGGAGUGGAUGAGCCAUUGAGGCUAGACACCAACUUCCUGGUGACGGUGUUCGUGUCCCCGGCCCCGACCACAGCCCUCAGCUAUGUAGGCUCGACAGUCCCUGUGAUGACCCGGCCAGCACACACCGGAGAGAAGCCCCCUGACCCCAGCCCACACCCUCGGUCCCUGCUCAGCAGCGUCCACGGCCUGCUGCUGGUCUUCCUGAAGCUGCCCCUGCUCCUGGCCAUGCUGGCUGCUGUCCUGUGGGCGCAGGGCUGUGUGGCUGUCUCCAUUGCUGCUCCUCCUGCUCGUCCAAGGCACCCAUGUUUGCAAGGGGGGGAGAUCGUGAGGACGAAACCGCCAGAGGUAGAAGCGCGGAGCGGCCGAGUGUCCAUCAGGGACCAUCCUGCAAACCUCACCUUCACCGUGACCUUGGAGAACCUCAGCGGGAAGGACGCGGGCACAUACCAGUGUGGAGUGGAUGAGCCAUGGAAGCAGGAGAAAAUCUUUCUGUUGGUUUUCGUGUCCCCGGCCCCGACCACAGCCCUCAGCUAUGUAGGCUCGACAGUCCCUGUGAUGACCCGGCCAGCACACACCGGAGAGAAGCCCCCUGACCCCAGCCCACACCCUUGGUCCCUGCUCGGCAGCGUCCACGGCCUGCUGCUGGUCUUCCUGAAGCUGCCCCUGCUCCUGGCCAUGCUGGCUGCUGUCCUGUGGGUGAACCGGCCACAGCGGGGCCCUGGGCGAGGCCAAGUCAGCUGAGCUGGAAGAGCGCACAGCCGGGACGCCACGGAGGCCCUUGGGGACCAGAAGGAUCCAGACUUCCAUCAGAACGCUCUCUGCUUUUCCUAACCUGCCAGUGAACCUCACAGAGACGAAGGCGCCCAAUACACACGCGAGGUGCCUGUAACUGUGAUGGCCUGGGGGACGCCUCGCACUGCACGCCACAGCGGCUCGCACAGCGCGGGAGCCCCGUCCCCUGCACAGCUCUGCGGAAUUCCGGGGUCUGCACUGCCUGGGUUCUGCCAGAGGAGGAGGCACACGGGGAUGUCCAGGGCGUCUCCUUCGGCCUCCUUGGCUCUGGAACUGUGCGGAGAGGAGAGGACCCAGCCUCGUUCCUGAGGGCUGGGAUGUGCUCGUCCGCGUUGCCCCUGGGAGGGUCGUGGCUGAGCCGUUCCUUUGCAAGCUCUGUGCUCUGUGCAUGAACGCACUGACACUCGUCUGUCCUUCUGUCGGUGGCAUUCGGCCAUUUUCUUCUUUUUCUUUGUCCUCCCCUCCUUGUUGGUGGCGACUAUUACGACCUUCUUAAGGACAUCCUUA